AUGUCUUAUAGUUACGAGGCGUGUUUUUGGGAUCAAAAUGAAACUGGUGUCAAUGUAUUACUUGGUCACAUUUCAUCAGGUAUUAGAUCCUGUAACAGUGUUAUAAGUUUCUUUAAACACAAGAGUGAGUUAGAAAAAGAUUUUGCAAGAAGAAUGGGUGCUAUAAAUGAUAAAUUCCUUAAAGACACAGAAAACUAUCCAGAAUUUGGUAAUUUGAAUGAUGCCUUAAAGAACUUAUUAAAUGCAGAAAGGGCUAGAGCUCAAUCUCAUUCCAAACAAAGUGAAGUUAUAUUUAGACAAUUAUAUACAGACACCAAAUCCUUUUCUGGUGAACUACAAGCAAGAUAUACAACUCUUAGUGGGAAAAUUGAAAAAUUAAGAGCUGAUAAGCACAGCAAGAAAAAAGGUUGUAAAGAAUUGAACAAUCGUUUAAUUGAUGCAGAAGGCAAGGCAAGAGCACUGAAAUUAAACCAAGGCAAUAUUCUUGGUGGAAGAAAAGCUGAGCAAAAUGAAAAAGAUUAUGCCAAAUGGAAUGCUCAAAUAGUAGAAAUCCAGUCACAGCUAGAGGUUUUAAAACAUGAAUAUAAAGCAUCUCAAAAGUUCUGGUUAUCCGAAUGGGCUGAUUUAACUCGUCAAUUACAAGAAAUGGAGACCACUAGAAUAUCUUUUAUUCAGGCUAAAAUUCAACAAUAUUCAGAAUCUGUAUCUGAAACUAGUAUUUUGGAACAAAUGAAAAUGGAUUCUUUAACAAAUCACUUAGCAGUAUUUACUGCAAUGGAUGAUAUUGCAAAAUUUUCCAGUCAAAAUGGUACUGGUAGAUUAAGAUCUAAAGCUUCAAUCAAUAAAGAUUCAAACGAUUAUUCUGCUUCAACUACAAGUUCAAAAUAUUUCACCCAAAGUAUCAGAAAUAAUCCAGAAGAACAUAAUUUUUUGAGUUCUUAUUCAUCUCAUCAUACCAGCCAAUACAAUGAUAACGUAAGAAAAUUGUCUUCCAGGUUGCAAAAAAGACCUGAAAUUAAAGAAGUAGAUACCCACCAAGAUCGUCAUUAUCAAGCACAAGAACCUAAAAUUGAAAGACCCCACACGGACAAGGCAGUCCCAACAUAUCAACACAGCUCUUUUGAAGUAGCAAGAAACUUUGAGAAGCCAGAACAAGAUGCAACUGACGAUGAUAUCGAGAUAAUUAAAGUCGUUCCAGCUAUAAAGAGUAAGAGGAUUGAAUCUAGACAUAAACCACAUGAAAGAACUGAAGUUCUUUCAUCAUCAGAGAGUUCAUCCAAUCCAACUGAUUUUACCAGCCAUGUUAAGAAUAGAUCAAGUGUUGAUUCGAUGGUCACAUCAGUGACUUCAUUUGCCAGUAAUAUAGAUGAUUCAGAAAGGUUUGCAAAAUCUUGGAAUAACACCAAUAGAAGAAGGAAAUCAAUUGUGAAUUUACAAGUACCAUCACCAGCAACUAGUGAUCAUGAGGAAGAUGAUAAACAUGAAAGAAAUAUCAGCAUAAAUACUACUAUUGUGAAUCCAGAAAUGAGUGCUAACCGUAAUUCUAAUAAACAUUUACGUAGAAAAUCUAUGGUACUCCAGGACUCUAAAAAUCCUAUCGAAGAUGCAUUAUAUGAGAUGGAUAGAAUACAAAGUACAAGUACCAAUGGAUUUGCAUCUUCUAAUCCAAGAGUUGGUAGAUUAAGAGAUAACGGUAUCACUGUAACUCUGCCUUUAGUCACGACUACUGGUGAACGUGUAAUACAAUUUGCAAAAGCAUCAUAUCCUCUUCUCGACAAUGAUACACCAGGCUUGGUUAACUUUCACAAGAAUGACUACCUAUUAAUCACAGAAAUGAUUAACAACGAUUGGUUUAAAGGUGAAGUUUAUGGCAAUGAUCUGAUAGGUAUUGACCACAGAAGGGGUUUAAUACCUAUCAACUUCAUUCAAAUCUUGGGUUAA